AUGGCUUUCGGAACUCUUUUCGCUAGCGAGCUCUUCUUCCUCCAGGGCAACCCCCGCACCAUCGCCAUUAAGGCUGUGGCCAAGGCCAACGGCCUCGACGUCAAGGUCACCACUGUCGACCUGGCUGCUCCUCGCACUGCCGAGCACCUGGCCGGAAGCCCUAUUGGCAAGGUCCCUGCCUUUGUCGGCGAGGACGGCUUCACCCUCCACGAGGCUGUUGCCAUUGCCAUCUACUUCACCUCUCAAAACGAGAAGACUACCCUCCUCGGCAAAACCAAGCAGGACUACGCCUCCAUCCUCAAGUGGAUGUCCUUCUUCAACUCUGAUAUCCUCAACGCCCUUGCCGGCCAGUACGUCCCCCUCCUCGGCCGUGCUCCCUACAACAAGCAGGCUGUUGAUGAGGCCGCCAAGCAGUCCGACAAGGCCGUUGCUGUCGUCGAGAAGUACCUCUCUGAGCAUACUUACCUCGUUGGUGAGCGUCUGACUCUCGCCGAUAUCUUCGCCGCUGGCAUCAUCAGCCGCGGCUUCGAUUAUUUCUAUGACCCCAAGUGGCGCGAGGCCAACCCUGCCACAACCCGUUGGUACGAGACCAUUGUCAACCAGCCCAUCUACUCCGACGUUGUCGGCAAGGUUCAGCUCAUUGACAAGGUUGUCCUCCCCAACGUUGCCCCCAAGAAGGCUGAGGCUCCCAAGGCCGCCCCCAAGGCCGCCGCUGCCGCCGCCGCUCCUGCCACUGAGGAUGCUCCCAAGCCCAAGCACCCUUGCGAGGCGCUUGGCAAGUCCAGCUUCGCUCUCGACGACCUCAAGCGCUUCUACUCUAAUAACGAGACCCCCGAUGCUAUGAAGUACUUCUGGGAGACCGUCCCCUUCGAUGAGUACUCCAUCUGGAAGGUCGACUACAAGUACAACGAGGAGCUUAAGCUCACUUUCAUGUCCAGCAACCUGAUUGGUGGCUUCAACAACCGUCUUGAAGCCUCCCGCAAGUACAUCUUUGGUACCGCCUCCGUCUACGGCGAGGACAACGCCUCCAUUAUUCAGGGCGCUUUCGUUAUCCGUGGCCAGGAGUACCUCCCCGUCUUUGACGUUGCUCCCGAUUACGAGAGCUACAGCUUCGUCAAGCUUGACCCCAAGAAGGAGGAGGACCGUGCCUUUGUUGAGGCCAACUGGGGCUGGGAGAAGCCUGCCAUUGUCGACGGCAAGGAGUACCCUUAUGCCAAGGGCAAGGUCUUCAAAUAA